AUGGAAAGGCCAAAGCAAGUCUUAAUAAUAGAACCUUCCAGUGAAUUACGAUUUCCAGGUCCCUAUACUAGCCCUGUUACAUCUUUCAUGAAACUGACUAAUCCAAUUGAUAAAAAAGUAUGUUUCAAAAUAAAAACAACAGUACCGAAAAAAUACUGUGUUAGACCUAAUUCAGGAGUAUUGGACCCACAUAGUAAGAUAGACAUAGCAGUAAGUCUUCAAUCUUUCGAUUUCGAUCCCAAUGAAAAAAAACACAAAUUUAUGGUUUUGACUACAAUCGCUCCAGAAGGUUUAAAUUAUGAACAUAAUUUUUGGAAUGAUGUAAAGCCUGAAUGUCUUAUGGAUUCAAAAUUGAAAUGUGUAUUUGAUGUACCUAAUCAAAACAGUGAAACAAAUGGUGAUACUGUGGAUGACACUGUCAUCGCACAAGAAAAAGUUAAAAAAACUGAGGCAAAACCACCCUAUAAGGUGAGUAAAACUCUUGCAAGAAUUUUUGAUAAAAAAUUAAUGUUUAAAAUCUUAUCCUAA